AUGAGAACCGGAGCCAGCAACUCUCACCGAAACACAGCUGUCACAUCAUUUCCCAACCUCCUAGGAACCUCACAAGGAUGUAUCGACAAUCUUUCGAACUAUGAUGACCGAUUCUCCUGCUACGGCGAGAUCACCAGUCAUCGCGAAUAUGCGACGUACUUCAGCUAUUACUUUAAGACGUUCAUCACGGUUUUCGCAUUCUUGACGACCAUUUUGAGCGCGAUGCAGGUCAUUUUGGUGCUCUUGUUUCUCAAGUUCACAAUCUUCCGAGCACUGUGUGAACUUCGCCUUCCCCAAAAGAAGUUAUCAAAUUUGUCGAAUAUGCGACUGGCUAAGCUCGACCGCGGGUUUCUCUUCGUUGCGAAGCUUUGGUUCUGCGAAUCCUGA